AUGGCGGACGACAACACCAUCAUCGAGGGCACCGUCAAGUUCCGCGACGGGAAGAAGUGGAAGUCGCGGUGGUGUGUGAUGAGAAAGCUGUCCCCGGUAGCGGAUUGCGUGCAACUGCAGGUAUACCGCGACUCAAAAGCUCGCUGGGGUGGCGCGGCCAGCAAGGCGUCGCUGUCUCUGCAGCGUUACCUCGGCUGCGAGACUGGCUUCACGCUCGACAAGCACUCGCACACGCUCGCGCUCAUCUGUCAAGACUUCACCGCGGUACUCGCCUUCGAGACCCGCGAGCGGCUUAUGCAGUGGCAGGUAAAGCUACAGUCACACUUGGGCUGGGCGAAGCAGUGGGUGGUAGUGGUGGCUGCGGGUGGACGGCUGACGGCGGGUCCGGCGCGGUUGCUGCUACGUCCACCAGCAGCCGCCCUCGCCACGGGAGUACCACCAAAACUGCUCGCCGUUUGGGAGCUCUCCCAUCUAAGGCGAUAUGGCGUCGUCGAAGGCCGCUUUUGCUUGGAAGGUGGUUCACUAUGUGGCAAGAGCGAGGGUCUACACGUGCUCGUAACAGAUCAGGCUGCAGAGAUCGCACGAGAUUUUGAACUCGCCUCUAGGGGCAAUAUAUCUCCAAGAAAAAGAUACGAUGCAUUAAUUAACGAAGGUAUGGAGAGUCCGAAAUCACACAAAGCUUUUCAAUCAAACACAAGGCUAUCAGAAUUAAACACGAUCGAUCGCUCCUUGCCACCAAUGGACUUACGAAUUUACGAAGAUCCAUGUAUUGAAGAAUCUGGCGCUAUAUCUCCAUACUGGCCAUCCGCUGAACGAACAAAUUUUCAGGAUAUGGGUCUUGGAGACACGGUGUCUGUAAAUGAGACUGUUGAAGGUAUGGGUGCCGCCCCAUGGAACGGAACGAGCAGCGUAAUGAUAGAAAGGUGCAUGAGUUGUAUUUCAAAACUAGGCGCUUUAUCCAGAUCUUCGACAGCCGCUUUGACACCCGGUGCUAAGCAUUUCAGUCCUGCUUGGACGAUGGAGGAAUUAAGUGAAAAUUUGCAAAGUAAUAAUGGUUUGAAAAGUGAUACAAAGAGUUGUGAAGCAUUGCCUAUAGUAAAUACUAUUGAAAAUAAGACUGAAGAAAUUUGUCGUUGUACAGAUAAGCCGCCUAUUAGACCUCCAAAGCCUACUAAAUUAGAACUGAAUCUCAAUAAGGUGCCUACCAUACCAAUGGCUUCCCGCUCACGUAGUUAUUCACAUUUAAGUACACUAGCAGAAGCUAAAGCAAUAAAAGUUGGCCCUUAUGAAAACUACGAUGUACCUAAAGUACCGUCAGCAGAGGUAGAUGGAGAAUAUUACGAUACGCCUAAAAGACUCAAAGAGUGCUUGAAUAGGGAACUCUUUAAGAUGACUCGAAGUUCCACUACUAACACCCUUGUAUUAAAGAAACCAUGUGGAUGCUUACUAAAGCUAGGCAAAAAACCCAAAGAGCCUACGAUAAUAGAUAGUGAAGAAAAUUUUCAACCUGCAAGUUGUCCAUGUAGGAGAGUAACGGAUUGGGCUCACGCUUGGAUAAGACUGCCUUAUUGCAGGAGAAAUAGAGAUACAAGUGAAAAUACUGUGCCAAAUAAAGAAAAUAUGAUACCAAAUGAUGAUCGCAAUGCACUUUAUGCUAAGGUUGACCUAUCUCGAAAAACUAGGCGAAAAACUGAGAGAGAGGGAUGUACUACUCCCGAAAAUCAGCAAUCUGUGGAUUUUCAAAUAGAUGAAGGGCCCUUAGCUAACUAUGAAAACCUUAGCUUCGCUUUGUCUCUGGAAAAUUACGAAAAUGCGAAAGAUUUGCUAAGAAAAGUAGGAAUAACUGAAACGGAACUGGAUGCGAUUGGUGCUAAUUUGAAACCAGAAUCCUUUGCAGAAAUUAAUAAGAAAAGUGUUUGUUCGAAAUGUGGACAUCAACAAAGUCAGUCUGAUUCUAUUGCACCUUCUGAUAGGGUAACAGGCGGAAGCAACGAUGAGUACCUGAUGAUGGAGCCUAGUAGCUUGGACAGUGACAGGCUGGAAAGAGAUCGAACCUUCGCAGCAGGAUACACACCAAUGUCGCCCAUAGGUGGUUUUGCUUUCCAUACUUUAAAAUACCCAGCAAAGAGCGCCAUCAGUAGGUUACUCGAGGAGAAGUCUGCCAGCAAUCCCGCUCUAUGUCCACAGAAGUCAUCCAAACCAGCGGUAGAAGGACCGAGUGGUGGGCGAGUAACAAUCACAGAAACAAAUGUAAGACAGCGCGCCGGUCGCGGGCGACGUUCGAGCUCUGUCGAUUCCUCCCGAUUUUUGGAGGAUGUAGAGGAGUUUGAGGGCAGCGUUGGUAGUCGAGGAUCAGCUUCUUCGAUGGAAACACUACGCGACCUGUCGGGAGAGCGUACAGGUGGACCGUGUGCAUGCGCGUCACGUAGCACGGGUGUACGAGCGGGUGGGGCGGUGGCGGUGCCGGCCGGUGCACGUGACUCCUGCAGCUCCAACGACUCGGGCGUGUCCAGCUGGUCGCUGCGCUCUGCCAUGCCGCCGCCCGCUGCGAUCGUGCGCUCCGCUGAGACCACCGCACCUGCCGUUCCUGGAGAACCAAUCCGAGGUGUGACAGAUGCACAGAGUACGUCCAGUGGUACCUCAGACAUGUCAGAUUACGUGGAAACUUUAUCAAUGUGCUCGUCGCAGUCAUCAAGUGACACGCCUCUCGGGCCAUGCCAACGUCGUGCUGCCAGUACAUUACGACCUCGCGCUGGUCAAGAAUACCGACCGUUGGCGCCUCGCCGUUGA